AUGAAGCCAGCGCUCAAUCGAUCCCUGGCCCGAAAACCAAGCCAGGUCUUCAAACCAGUGCAGUCUACAAUAUCCACCAUCGACCCGGCACCACCUGAUCAGGCGACUAAGGUUACGGUUCCUGACGUCGGAACCAAGGUCAAAAAGACUGAAAGUCAGCCAAGCCAAAGCACCUCCCUACCCAAGAAGAUUGAAAGUAGUGUUGCUGCUACUAAGCCGACUAAGGUUAAACUUGAUGACAUUGACGGCGGCAUUGUUGGUUCGGAUCUUUGGAGUGCGGCUUAUCGCGAAGCAGUCGAAAGUAUGCAAGAUGAGAUGGACAUCACUAUUCUCAAGGGAAGCAGUGUCGCUCAAUUAUUCGAAAAACUUGAAGAGAUCGACAAAGACGUCAAUCAAAAAUCGGCUUUUGUGAGGGGUAUGGAAGUUUUAAAGAAAGCGAAAAAGCCUCUCGAGAAUUUCAAACUAGCAUUAGAUUUGGCAAGUCCGUUGGCGGAGCUCGAGCCGGUUGCAACGACGGUUGUUGGCGUGCUCAAGGGUGUGACUGCAAUCGCUAUCAGCGUUGCAAGUGCCGAUGUGAAAUUUGAAGAUCAGAUUGUCGAAAUGUUACAGCAUAUCUCGUACAUCGAUGAUUGUGACACGCUCGGCCAGAAAGCGGAUGACAAAGAUAUCCACAAAGCGCUCGUUGUGGUAUACAAGAAAAUUUUGGAAUUCUACAAAGUUGCAUUCGACAUUCUUACUAGGAAAGGAGUAAAACUGAUCAUGAAAAUGGUCAUGGAGAAUGACCGCUUGCCAAGUAUCGUCCAAGAUUUUCUGAAAUGUGCCGACAUCCUCCAUAAACUUAUUGAGAAAUCGGUACUUAGGAUUACGCAAGAUAUACAAGCCAUGCUCUACCACUCGGAAAUUACUCAAUGGCUAGGUACUGACAAGAUCCGCGGCCAGAGCACAUACCACUCAGAAUUGCAGAGUCUUAGAGCUGACCGGGCCUUUCUGGGUGAUAAGGGCCACGGAAAGACUGUUGCUAUGGCAUAUCUCGUUGACCAACUCAAUGGAAGGAACACGUCUCAAAUACCUCAGCCAAAAUUAUGUUACUACUACUGCCGGGACGAUGAGACAGGCGAGGCUAUCCAAAUUCUUUCGGCUUUGAUUCUCUCGCUCCUUGAACAGCUUCCUGGCCUGCAAAAACCUUUUUUCGAGAUGUAUAAGCAGGCUCAGGCAUCCGGAAAUAUCGAUCCCGCAACAAAUAUCAAAACCAUGGAAGAGUUUCUGCAAAAGUUGCUGAAAGCUGUUGAUCGCCCAAUGUUUGUCCUUAUUGACGGUCUGGAUGAGUGCAGUACAGAAUCUCGUAAUGAUCUUCUAAAGAUACUGAAAACUCUAUCACAAGAGGUACCAGUAUUGAAAAUUAUAUUGUCUUCCCGGCCCCAGGAAGAAAUAUUGGAGCAGUUGGACAAAAUACCACGGAUUGACCUAAUUUCCGACAUACAGCGAGACCGCAUCAUUGCCGAAGCAACAGUUGAGAGGCAGCUGACAAACCGAUCGACAGACGUAAAGGAGCUCGUCAUAGACGAGUUAUCGAAGCUGGCGGAAGGGAGCGCAAUCUGGACAAAGAUGACAGUCAAUUUGAUUAAAAUACGCAAAAUAAGGAUGAAAGUACCGAUGAAACGCUUCCUGGAAACUAUUUUGUUACCACCAAAGCUUUCGGGUUUAUAUGUUGAAAUUUUUUCACGCUGCACCUCAGAUGACCAUGAAAAUGAGGGCCUCGCCCGUACAGCUCUAAAGCUUCUCGCCGUUUCUCGCAGGCCCCUAAGUAUAGUGGAACUCGCCUGGGCGGUGACAUUGGGUGUGAGUCACGGUAUCACCAAUGUCACCGCUCUUACUGAGGAAGUAGAUCAUCAAAGGCUUAUGAGUCUUAUUGACCCUUUCAUCUCUCGCACUGAUUUCAGUGAUAUCAAGAAGCGUCAAGUUCGGCUCGUACACCAGUCAGUGAAGGAGUUCAUUAUAGAGAAAUGGACUUCUGGUUAUCGUCCGGCCUUAGCAGGGGAUAGAGCCAAUUCGGAGGAAAGAAUCGUUGAGGACCUGGAAGCGUGUAUGCUGGAUAUUUGUGUCAGGUAUCUCCUACUGGAUGAUAUUGGUAACAGAGAUCUGUUCCCCGAGGAGUUCGUCGCAAUCUCAGAGCUGCCACAGGGAUCCGACUUGUUCGAUGAGGACAAAGAAUCAGUCCAGUAUGAUCCAUAUUGUACGUGGGAUACCUGGGAAGACGAUAUGAUUCGGUACGAUCCAACUGAACGUGGCUUUGGCGAGUUCUUCGUUUACGCAUCGUGCCACUGGACGGGUCAUUUUGGCGCGAUUAGUGCUAAUUCAGCACUUUUCCCCAGCCUCGAACAUUUAGAGAGUGUUUGUAAACGGGGAUCGACCCGACUCAAGAAUUGGAUUGAACAAAACCGCCGCCCAAUUUGCGCGAUCAACCCUAGAGAAGAAUUCGACUAUACUCUGUAUGACCCCCUCAGCAUAACUUCACUCUUUGGUUCGAAAGCAAUGUUAUGUUACAUGCUGGAGAACUCAAAUUUCGAUGAGGAGAAGUAUCUUCCGAACCCUCUGAUAGGCGCCGCCGAUCAGGUCCUCCAAUGGGGCGACAUAUCGCGGCUCAGGAUAUUAUUUCUAAAUUACAAAGGUGAUCAUCAGCUGCAAAAUCUCGAGUCUUUUCGUCUCGUCAUCAAAAAUUGGUUCUACCCUAGAAAAAGACACAACAAUUGGGAAGUUGUGUAUGACCUCGUCGACUCUCUGACCGAUAAAAUGGUCCGGGAACACUGGGGUAACGAACUUCUGUGCAUUGCUGCCCGCGCAGGAUGUAUGCCGAUAAUACGGCGGCUGGUUACGAACGCUCAGCAGAACGUAGAGCUCAGGAGUGAAUUGCUGCGCGAGUCCCGCGGUGAACAACAACCACCAGCAUUUGCUGAGCCGACGCGUCAAUCAAUCGAGGAGGCUGUGCUAGGGAAUCAUGUUGACGCAGUAGAGUGUCUUCUGACAAUGAAAGACAUUGAAGUUCACCUUCAAUACCAAAACUGCUGCGGUGAGAACGUCUUCCACCUGGCAUCCACGAUUUGCAACCCGGCAAUGUUUCGCGUUCUUGUUCCCCGUUAUCGCGAGGGCGUUCAUCAAGUUGAUCAUCAGGGCAGUACAGCACUCGUGCGGGUUAUUACGAACGCCUUGGCCUCGGAACAUCGAUAUGAAAUCGCAAAAAUAAUUAUCUCCGAGAGUAGCCCCGACUGGACUAGCCAUUAUCACGAUGGACAACAAAAUCCUUUGCGAGCGGCCGUGCAGCUUGGCGAUUUGGAAAUGUGUUCACUCUUAAUUCGCGACGGCGGCAUGAGUCCAGUUUCAGCCCUCAGUUAUGAUAAAGAAGGUCGGGCAGGAUUGAAAGACAGAAAUUCCACGAACGAGGAUAAGGCGGGGGAAAUUCUGCAACUGUUGAGCAAACAUGCCGAUUUACAUCCAACCUAG